AUGGCGUCCAUACAGUCUCUCCUCAAUCCUAUUCCCAACUCAUCAUCCAGUUCGGAUCGUUUCCCUCUUCCUACUCCUUCCCCCACAAUCUCAUCAAGCACCGCGAUGUUGCGAACUCCACGACAGAAGAAGCAGAAGAUGGCCAAGGAUGCACCGAUCUUCACCCGCGGCAGACCCAAGGGGGAAGUUCGCUAUCCGCCGCACGAAGAGCGAGACGAGUUCCUUGCCCAAAAACAUCGGGAGUUUCGCAUUCACCCUUUCGGAGACAUUGCCUCAUACCCGAGACACAUUCCCUACAACAGUGACAAGAAGACAUUCCAGGAGCUAACGGGGCGGGAAAGCUUUGAGGUGUUCCAGUAUACCUUUCAGCUUCCGGGAGAAGACAAGGUGUGGACAGUGAUGUGGGACUACAACAUCGGGCUCGUUCGGACCACGCAUCUAUUCAAGUGCAACGACUACUCCAAGACUACACCAGCAAAGAUGUUGAACCAGAACCCCGGGCUACGCGAUAUCUGCCACAGCAUCACGGGCGGAGCACUGGCUGCACAAGGCUACUGGAUGCCCUUUGAAGCCGCCAAAGCCGUCUCGACGACCUUCUGCUGGAAAAUCCGUUACGCGCUCACGCCUCUCUUCGGCGCCGACUUCCCAAAACUCUGCGUGCAUCCCAACGACCGAUCCCGCUUCGGCCGAAUGAUCAUCGACCCAGCCAUCGUCCGCGACGCAACAAAACGAGCACACUACUAUCGUUCCCUCGGGCUCCGCUCACCACCCUUGACACACCUUCAGCCCGAAUACCUCCCGAGCUCCGCGGGAGACCGACUCCCCAUGGGCCGCCACAUCCUCCCGAAAUCCCACCAUCACUAUCACCGCAGUGGUACCUCGGAGCGCUCUCUCGGCUACGGCUCAUCCCCUGAAUCCAGCAGCAGCACAGAACCAUACUGUCUGUCACCCAUAAGCCCGAUUCGAGGCACGUUCACGCCCGUGAAUACCCCGCGCAGCACGGAUACCUACCCCAGUCACCUCCCAUCCCCACACCAAGUCCUCGCAGCGAUCUCCGCAUCUAGGAUCCCUAGCUCGGCCCCCUCGAACAAUCCAAGAGGAGGAAAUAUCCACGGUAUAGACGGGAGCGAAAUCGACGCCGACGCCGAAAGCGUUUCGGACGAAGAAUACACCACGUCGACGCUCGAUUCCGGUAGUAACAGCAGCUCCUCGUCGAACGACCGACCUUCCCCUUCCUCUGAUGCCGACGAUGCCGACUCGUACCGGGACACGGAUGCAGACGGUGACGCAGAUCCCGACUUCAACGCGGCCAAGGGGACACCCAGCCGGAAGCGCGGGAGAGACCAGCCGGCUGUGCAUGGGCAUGAGCACAGACAUCAUCAGCAGCAGCAGCAUGGACUUGAGCUUAGGCAUCGUCACCAUCAAUCCGACACAAGAUCCCUCGCACGCCCCUCCAGGCUUCAGUGCGAGGUCAGCGCCGCACACGCCCUCCUCAGCCUACACAUGCAAGACGCCAUCGGGAGCGACGUUGAUGCCGACGCCGAUAUCAUUGAUGAUGAUUAUAUCGUCGUGACACCGCCGACUACUGAGAAUCACAACACAGUGGCGCCCACUCGCCCACCAAGACCAGACUCGUCAUCGUCACUCUGGAGUGGGCGGAAGAGGCGACGGGCUUCUGCUUAG